AUGUCUUCUUCAAUAUCCGAAACAGCGCCUAAGAAAGGCCAGUCCAAAAUCACUACUACCUCUUCAACCACUUCGUCUUCGCUUUACAUUCCCAAGAUUUCAGGACACCACACUGCCAAGCAGUAUGAUGCUGAGUUUGAGAAACGUGUGAUACGUAACUACGCAAAUGCAGCGAUCAUCAACCUCGAAGAAGGCAACGGCAUCAAGGCUGAGCUCGACUUUUCUCCCUCGCAGUGGUCCUGGUCCCAGUCUAUCUUUAGCUAUAGUUACAUGCUGUUCGAACCGACCAACACCAUUCUCUUAAAGAAGAUCACACCCUCAAAGUGGAUGUUUAUUAUAAUUCUGACCUGGGGAAUCUGCGCCACGUCUUCAGGCGCAGCGCAUAAUUUCCCAGGGAUGAUGGUGGUGAGAUUUGCUAUAGGUCUGGCAGAGGCUGGCUUCUACCCAUCGGUUCUAUAUCACAUGGCAUUUUGGUAUAAGCCAUCCGAGAUGCCAUGGCGCGUCGCGUUCUUCUACUCUCUUGGGCAAUUGAGCAGUGCGUUGAGUGGUUUGCUAGCGUACGCGAUCAGCUUUAUGAAUCGCCUUGGCGGGCUAUCUGGAUGGCGGUGGUUGGUUAUCCUUGAAGGGAUCCCUGCAAUCAUUCUGGCCUUCGUAGCACUCUGGGCUCCAGACUACCCUGAGACAGCAAAGAUGCUGACACCUGAAGAGAGGGAAUGGGUGGCCAAUCGACUGGUGAACACCGCUCCAAGGGGAAAAGAUCGCAGCUGGAGCUGGCAGAAUAUAAAACAGCUCUUCCGCACUUCGACCUUAUAUACAUUCUCAAUAUACUGGAUUGGGCAUGGCAUUGGUGGGUUUGGGAUCAAUUAUGCCCUGCCCACAGUUAUUUAUGAGUUGGGUUUUACGACCACUGCCAAAUCGCAACUGAUGAACAUUUGGAUUCGACCAUGGACGACUGCGGUGGCGAUCGAGAUUACAAUAAUAGUCUGCUACAUUAUCCUGAUAAACGUCUCUAAACCGGUUGUGAAGUAUAUUGCGCUGAUCGUCGCAACCGCCUGCGCCGGCUCCGCGUACCCCGUCAUCUGGCCAGAGCGAAUCCGCGCCCUAGAGGGGACAGUCGCCGCGGGCAUCGGCAUUGGAUUGACAAAUGCGAUGGCCCAGUUCAGCGGUAUCUGCGGACCGCACGUGUAUAAUUCACGUUUUGGCCCAACCUACCGUGUUUCCUAUAUCAUCUGUUUGAUCUUUCUGUGUAUAGCCAUCACUGGGAUUCUGUUUAGUUGGGUCUUAGUGCGGAGGAAUGACAAAAGAAAGAAUAAAAGAGUUGUCUCUGGUACUUUGGAGGCAGGAGAGUCCCCCGUUCGUGGAGAGGGGGGUGACAGCAAAAAGGGUACGAGUGCAGGAGGGUGA